GUUACAAGUCCCCAGCCCACAAACAUUCCACACUUGCACUAAUUAUAUUGAAUGGAGCGUAACAUUCACGCGCUCCCACUCAAACGGUUAUGCUUCUCUUCGCGUAAACCGCCCCUUAAUGGCAGACUUUUCCACUUCUUCUAGUUCUCAAAGUCAUUCAGAGAAAACGCAACCCUUCCAUUUUCGAGCAACAUUCGAAACUCAAGAUAUACAACUCGUCGCUAACAUUCGAAAACUCCAUCAACACACCAUAAAACUCUCGAUCAAGAAUCUCCAGAGAAAACAAAGCUAUAAUACUCAAGAAAAAAUGGCAGGCAGAAACCAAGCUGAAAAAAAUCAAACCAAAGACCUUAAGUGUGCAACACAUUUGUUAAGUGAGAAAUUCAGAAACAUGAGCGAGGAGAAGAAAACAAUUGUUAGGGAUUUGGUGGCCUGAUGCACAUCCCGCCGC